GGUAUAGAAAAACAUACUAUGUUUAGAUCCUUACUUAGAGUACCUCGCGUAGGGGGAUUAACCUCAUUUGGUACUCGAUACUUAUCAUCUAUAAGUCAUGUUAGACCCAUGAUGCAAUUUGGUCAACAACCAUCAUUUAUAAUCCCUGCAAUUUUACAACAACAACCAUGUAUAAUAGCACCAGCGCAACCUAAGAUCGGAAAUUUGGUCAAGGAUUUGCAAGAAAAUGUUGAUGAAGAUACUAUGCAUGCUGAUUCAGUGAAGAGAAAAAGAAAGUUGAAGAUGAAAAAGCAUAAGUUGAGAAAGAGAAGAAGGUUACAAAGAUCAUUAAAGAAGAGGUUGGGUAAGUAAGGAAAUAGUGUGUGAGUUUCGUUCUUGAUACGAAUGGCCUAGUACUGAUCCAUCUGAAUAAAUGUGGUUUGAUUGGUAGAAACUGCUUUUUAUUCUUAUAGACGAUUCACUUUCAAGUUAUUCUUCAUGUUGGUUUUACAGCCAAUUCUGUACAUAUUAACAAUUAAUAAACAACUACAAAUCGUAACAUUCUAUUCACUCCUUUGUAUGAAACAUUAGUGCAUUGCUCGAGCAGCACAAUUCUUUACUCCAGGGCUAUUUCAGGCUAAAAUCCUGGUUUAUAAUUACAGGUAC